GCGACAGUACAGACGACACAACGAGGUUGAUCAGUACCGCCGACCCGACACCGCAAGAGUGAGCACGGGAGCGUGACGCGUAUACAAGUCUCUACCUCGGCCCACGUCUCCCUUCUACAGUAGUUUAUCAUGGCAGUAACUCCUUCUCAAUUUCUUGUCACGGAUGACCUGACAAUCCUUCUCGGCCUCAUUUCCGCUACCGUCUUUCUAUUGCACACAUUCUACCGUCCUCAGCCCCUCGUACACCCCAUUUUACUCGGGAGGCAGAGCGAUGUCGCGAGGGUCAGAAAUCCUGGAGAGAGUGCCGUGUACAGGAAUUAUGGAACCGGUUUGAUGGGGAGGUUUUCUUUGCGACCAAACAAGGAUGUUCAUGUCCUUGCAGACUUGGUUCGGAACGAACAGGAUUCUCCAAGGACGUUAUGGAACACCAAGAUCUCGAAUGCUACCUUACAGGACCGGGUUGCAGCCUUUGGAACCGGUCUCCUUCGUCUCGCAGGACUUCAAAACGGACAUGCGGAUGCUGGGGUCCUGCUCCUUCUCAACGACUGUAUCGAAUUUCUCAUCGCCGACAUGGCACUUGCGUCUCAUUCUAUACUGUCGCUCACUAUCACGGACUCAACCCUCGUCGGCGCCGUCCUAGACUCUCAUCCACCUGCAGCCAUCAUCGCACACGCCGAUCUGCUCCCACACUUACUAGAGAUGAUCUACGAGGCUCAUGAAAAGGAAAAUGGAAAAGGAUAUACUAUUAUCGUUGUUGGCGAACCGAGCGCAAGGACCAUGGCUAGUGUCGCGAGCAAGGUGAACGUCCUCCUCUGGUCGCAUGUUGAAAGAGAAGGUGUGAGAGUGGAAAAGACUCUAAGCCCUGUGCCAAAGCCCAGCGACAUCUUUUCUAUCUCAUUCUUUUCUGACGAAAGCGGACAGCUACAAGCGGUUCAGUUCACUCAUGAGAACUUGACUGCUGGUGUAGCUGCUACACGUGCAUUGCUUCCUAUGGCCCACUCCCUUAAUUCUCUAGACACAAUUGUCUCAAGCCACUCUCUAUCCACCGCUUACGGACGAUCUAUCGCAUAUGCAGCCAUCUUCGAGGGUACGAGCUUUGCAACGCUCGAAAGCUCUAAACUAUUUCCAAGCGACGAGGUGAAAGUUGCACACGAUGUCGUUGACAUCCUUUCGGCCCAAAAGUACCCGAUUCCAUCCCCAACCAUAAUGUUCAUGCACUCAGGAAAUCUGAUUUCUCUGGUUGAUGCUGUGUUGGAGGAGGCUAAGCGGAACUGGUUGAGUGUGUUUGCGUGGCGUCACAAGGUAUCCGGAAUUGUUGAAGGAUUCAUCACGAAAGAUAGUCUAUGGGAUCGGCUGGUAUAUGACGGGGCUAGAGCCAAAGUCAUCGGCGAGGGAGCGGGCACCGUCAGGGCCGUUGUCGUCGGUGGAGGACCUCUUCCUGCGUCAAUUCUCACUGCAGCCCGUGUUGCACUCUCUGUACCCUUUGUGAACAUGUUCACGCAUCCCUCUGUUGCCGGGCCGGUGUUUGCUUCCCACCCUCUGGACUUGCAAGACUUUUACGGAUACGAAUCGCCUACCACGUCCGCAGCUAACGACGAGAUAGCUCCUGUUGGACCGCCCUCUGUUAACAUUGAGGCUAAGGUGACCGGACUGGCGUUCGACGAGGCUGUCGAGUCGGGUAUGACCGACCCAGAUGGUGUGCUUCUCGUUCGUGGACCCCCUGUAGGAAAGUUGGUUAAUCCAAAGUUGGUCAACGUGGAAGGGUAUGUCAAUGUCAAUGUCCCGAGCCCGACUGGAGGCGAGGAGGACGAUAGAUGGGUCGGAACUGGUGUUCGGGCUUCGGUAGGGACGAAUGGAGCGUUCCGGAUUUUGUGAACGUUUUAGCUGAUUGCAGCGGGGGGAUAGUUUCGCAUGUGCUAUUCUGGCAAAAAAGAACUUAUUAGCUUGUAUAUAUGCAUUGAAGCGCCUGUGAAAUUGCAAAGUAGUCUGGGUUUCAGUCUCGAAGAGCGAGACUAAUAAGGUCCAAACUGCAGUUCUUCAGCCAGGCUAACC